CCGUCAGGAACCGAGGAUAUCGUUCGUGUUUAUGCGGAAGGAUCGUCUUCUCAGAAUGCACGUGAGGUCGCUGAUAAAGUGGCUGACAUUGUCUCAUCACCUGGUAUUUUCGAUUUUAGUCGAGAAACAAUAGCUGUUAUAUGUACAAUUGACGGUUCGUCCACACUGACGACAUUCCAGUCAUAA